CUGUGGGGCCCGGGUGUAGCUGGAGGAGUUUGCUUUGGGGCCGCAACCGGCGGCCUCUGGAGUCAGGUGCUGCCCGCGUAGGCGCCCUCGGGGCUCAGUCAACUAGGAAUAUCAAAGGAGACCACCUGGAACUGCAACAAGACAGGACUAGAACUACUUUGGGAACCCAUCAAAUCACCAGAGCAUCCAGAGAUCUCAACUCUGCCCAGACCUCCAGCUCUACCCAGUUGAGAAACUUCUCUAAAGGACAAGGAAUAUCAAAGACCACCUGAGACUGGGACUACUUUGGGAACCCAGCAAGUCACCGCGGAAGAUCCAUACAACAAAGUCUGUCCAAUGAUAUGGAGUAUGAAUGCAGAAACCUCCAGGGAUAACAGACAAGAGAUACCACAUAAGCUGGCACAAAAAUGAACUUAAAGUGAAUGGACUAAAAAGUCUUUAUGUAUAUUCUCUCAAAAUAAAUGUUAUUACUGAAGCUUGAAAGUUAUCCUUUCAACCACAAAGAUGGUAAUAAAUCUUUGCCUCCCACAGUUCAGACCAAGAAUUCACUGUAACAAGAUUUCAGCCGAUGGUUAUGAAGUUGAAAAUCUCAUCUCUGAAGAUGUCACAAAGAGAAGUCGUGGUUUUAGAACAGAGUAUUUCAUCAAGCCUCCAGUGUACGUGACAGUGUCCUUUCCCUUCAGUGUAGAAAUCUGCAGGAUUAACAUAGACUUCACAGCUGGGGGAAUCCAGAAUGUCACUGGUGUGGAAAUGUAUACAUCUGCCUCAUCCUGCAGAGCAUCCUGGAAUAUCCCUGAGUGCCAGUCCCUGGGCCCUACUGAGCCGAGCAUCCCAGACAAAGAAGCAUUCACCUUGGUAGGCAAAGUCUUAUUGAAAAACCAGAGCCAAGUGGUAUUUAGCCACAGAGGCUUUAAGGCCAGGCCACCUUUUGGUCCACUGGAAGCCACGCUCCCCUCUCCUGCUGUUGUGGUCCAGGAGCUCUGGAAUAAAGGGCCUCUUUCCCUUAGCCAUGUGGCCCAUCUCAAGAUCUGUAUCACCCAUGUGACAGGCGGUGCUGUCCCUUGCAUCAGGCGUUUGGAAGUGUGGGGUCAGCCUGCCAAAACCUGCUCUCAAGAGGUGAUAGACAGCGUCCUGCUGGUUGCCUCAGAGAGCCUCCCUCAGGACUUGGCACUGCAGGCCCCAGCUUUGCCCAUGGAGAGUGACUGUGACCCAGGGGCCCAGUCGGACAGUCAGCACUCCCCUUCCAGCCUGCAGGAACUGGCUGAAGUAAUCCAGGAUGUGCCUGAGGAGUUCCUGGAUCCCAUCACUCUGGAGAUCAUGCCUUGCCCCAUGUUGCUGCCUUCAGGCAAGGUGAUUGAUCAGAGUACUCUGGAGAAGUGUAACCGCAGUGAAGCCACUUGGGGCCGAGUGCCCAGUGACCCCUUCACAGGGGUAGCCUUCACUCCACACUCCCAGCCCCUGCCUCACCCAUCUCUGAAGGCCCGAAUCGACCAUUUUCUGCUCCGGCACUCUGUCCCUGGCUGCCACCUGCUUGGUAGAGCACAGACUGCAUUGGCAGUGGCUCCUUCUUCCAUUGUUCUGCCCUCUCAGAAAAGGAAGAUGGAGCAGACUGAACUUGGCCCAGACAGCAGCUUUGACGUAAAUGCUUCUUGCUUUUCUACAACAAGCCUUCUGGUCUCACCCACUACCUCAGAGCACACUGCUAAGAAAAUGAAAGCUGCCAGUGAGCUCCAUCUGACACACAUGGACUGCUCCACAGGUCCAGUGUCCCAUGAGCAAAAGCUGUCACAAAGCUUGGAAAUUGCCUUGACAUCAACCCUUGGCACCUUGCCCUCCUUCACGGCUCGACUGACCAGGGGACAGCUCCAACAUCUUGGCACAAGAGGGAGCAGCACUUCCUGGAGGCCAGGCACAGGUGCAGAGCAGCCUGGGAGCAGCCAUGGCCCCGAGUGCACGUCCUGCAAAAGAAUAUUUUCUUCCUACUUCAAAAAGGAGCCUGUGUACCAGCUUCCCUGUGGCCACCUUCUGUGCCGACCCUGCCUGGGCGAGAAGCAGCGCUCCCUGCCCAUGACAUGCCCAGCCUGUCAGCAGCCGGUUGCCAGUCAGGAUGUGCUGCGGGUCCACUUCUGAGUGACUGCCCCAACCCCAGAAAACCCAUCACUGGAGGCUGAGGGAGAGUUUGGGUGGACGUCACCACCCCCCUGAGGUCUAGCCAGUUCCCAGGCACAGAAGCGCCUGGCGAGGGUCUCUGCGCUGCCUCCUUUUCCCCAGGGAGCUUUCCUUUUCUCUCCUACCACACUGUAGCACACAGGCCUAGGUAGGGGCCGGGGAGGGGGAGACACUCCUGCUAAAGUGGCAGCAGGAUAACAAAGCCAUAGCUUGGGUUGGGAGGGAUAGGGGAGAUGUUCCUGCCACACCCUUGCCACACUCCAGGGCUUGCUAGAGGCAGCCCACCCACCUUGGGCAGAUACACCCCUGCUGAGGCCCCCGCUAGUUGUCUGUGCACUCACCCCCAUACUGCAGGGUGGAUGUGAGUGGAGCACACUGGACUGUGGUCUGGACUCCCAGAGUGGGUCAUAGCAGGGGUCUGUGGGGCGAUGGCUCAGCCUCACAGGAGGGCAGGCCACUCCGAGCCUUAAUAAAGCACUGAUGUCAGCCGUGAGCUUCCUCCUGGCAAAACGCC